AUGAAUAGAAGCCAUUGUCCAAUCAUCCGUCUGUGGUAUUGCCAGAGCAUCCUACUGCGUUAUAUAUUGGCAUUGCAAAUUUUCGUUAAAAUCCGCACGCAUAUCGACGAGCUCUCAAUUGACAGACAGCCCAGCGACGAUCAUCCAGGAUUGCCGUGUCCUCGACAAAUCAUAUUUAUAGAACCGGGGGAAAAUAUUAGGCUAUUUUUAAACUUUACAACCGUAACAUACGAAAUGGCACAAGAAGAUGAAACAGAGGAAUUACCUACAGCUUAUGGUGUUAUGAUUGCUGUCAUCACCGGGUUGCUUGGUUACGUUUUGUGGGACUUCUACGGUGAAUUUGGAUUUCAGGGUAGAGAUGAUUUUGAAUUAGUAAACUCUGUACUCUAUGUUAUAGAGCUUUACUCAAAUUUCAUUUGUGUACCAAUAACAAUUAUACAAUAA